AUGGGUGAUCCAAGAAACACUAAAUUCUCAGGUGCUCAUGUAGCUACCACAAAAUCUAGAACAUAUCCCGAGCAUCCCUUACAUCAAAUAACUGCAUGGGUCGACCUUGCUGAAGAAGGAAUGUUUGACCAAGUGCCCAUCAAAACGGGGGGCAAAAAUAAGCAGUUGCCAGAUGAUCAUUGCGUAUCUUCUGCCGUUGAAUGUUCUGGGGUUGUCUGGAAGUCCUUCCACUCGAGCUCAUGA